CAAAGCAAACUACAAAAGGGUGAGAUUCCUCCUCCUCCUCUCUCUCUCCCUCCUCCUGUGAUCUCCCGAUUCGUCCUCCAUGGAGAGCGCGUCGUUCUACCGCCUCGGAAUUCCGGUUCCAUGGCUCCUCCUCUGUUGCGCCUUCCUCCUUUUCCCUCCAGGUAUUCUUUCAACAGGGGUUGUUACGUUAAAAUCAAUCGAGAUCUUUACAACCCAUGAGUUGUUCUUUAAACCAGUCGUUUAUUUUCAAUGUAAAGGAGAGAAUAGGACCUUUCUACCUGAUGUGGAGAAAGCCAUGUCACUGUAUGCUUUCAAAGGCCAAGAAUCUUGGCAGCCUCUGACAGAGCUUCCAGAUAACAAGUGCAAGAGAUGUGGUCUAUAUGAGCAGGAUACUCUUAAGUCCGAUGAUGUAUUUGAUGAAUGGGAGCUCUGCCCAGAUGACUUUCUGGCUCCUGAUGGCAGAUACAUACAUUUUAAAGACAAGGAAUUCAAUGCCACCUUUCUGUGUCCCCAGUGCCUCCUUGAACAUGGCGGCCAUGAAUCUAACCCACCGAGCAGCAAUACUGCUAAGCAUGGGAAUGUCGGCUUGGUGGUGUUAGUUGUAGUUUUGUCUUCCUGUUUGUGUGCCUUUACGAGCAUAGCAAUAUACAAAUAUUGGCAGAAGAGGAAGCGAGAACAAGAUCAGGCAAGAUUUCUGAAGCUUUUUGAGCAGGACGAUGAUAUUGAUGCAGAGCUAGGCCACCUUGGAAAUGACAUAUGACGAUACUGAUUAAUGAGAUGAAGCUUGGGUUUGAGAGGCAAAUUUAUACGGAGAUGUUUUUCCUCAUUGUCAUCUGUAACAUAAUUGUAUAGCAAAUCCCUGUUUUUCUUGAUGUCACAUGCAUCCUUUACACGGAGGGAAGAAUUUUGAGGCUGAUUUAAUCGUCUUGGCAUCAUACACUUCCUUUGUUUUAUUAUUUUUUCAGAAAAGGAAGUAAUACAAUCAUCUUAAAUGUUGGUGUUAUUGCGUUGGUUUUCUGUAUUCGUAUUCGGAAGAACAGUAUCUAGUAACUCUAUUUGGUAAUCAGCAUUUUCAUUA